AUGAGUAAAAAAUCGACAUCACGAACGUUUUUCUCCAAGAACGAACAUCGUCUACGUUCAAAACCAUUGACACUCGAUAAAUUUGUUUUUGAUGAAGAAAAAGAAGAAGAAAGUGAGAAGAGUAAAUCAAAAAAGUCGUUAUCACCAGAAACUCGUAUAACUACAACAAAAAAACGUCAGCGUAAAGAACGAUCAGCUAUGAGUAACGAACCGCAAACAAAACAAACAAAUGUACAUGAUAAACAACAAAAAGGACACAUCGAUCAACCAUUUGAUGGCUAUGAAAGACCCGUAACACGUCGUGCGUCACGUCUAGUUUCACAAACAAAUACAACAACAAGAACAACUGCACUAUCUCCUUCUCCACUUCCGGUCAUUGAUUCAUUACCGGCUCAUACUCCAAAAGUAAAAGCUAAAGCAGCAAAAAAAAAACAAGGCAAAAGAAAAUCAUCACCAAAAAUUUCAUCUUCACCACAAACAAAAAUAGUAGCACCAUCGCCCCCGCCUAUUAGGACGAUUCCAACAGUAGAUUUACAACAGGAUCCCAUGCCUAAAGCAGUGCAAGAAGCGGAAAAUAUUAUACCAAAACGUCGAAAUAUUCGGAAAAGGAUUCUAAAAUCGACCAAAGAAAAAACUGGAACGUCAUCAAAAUCUGAGGUAAAUCAAGAUGUGUUAUCGACCACUGAAAAUGAAUCCGUACAGAAUAAAGGUGUUACUUCCGAUGUUAUCAGUACUAUUGUAACUCCCGCCACUACUCAUAAUGAUGAAAGUAACAAUAACAGUCAAACUUCACAACUUCUACAAGAACAACAAAAUGAUUUUGAUUCUGAUAGAACCAAUGAUAUAUCAAUAUCGGAAGCCAUGACUCUAGCGGAACCAGUUCGGUAUGAUCAAAAUGACGAUGAUAGUGACGAUUCGAUAAGCAUUACUUGGACAGGUUCAAGCAAAAUGUCAACAGAAAUAUUGAAAAGACGUUUUCAUUUUCCAAAGCAAGAACCACAACAAUUCAAUCGAAAGAAGGCAUUCAUUCCAAGAUUUUCGAAUCUUGAAUCAUUCUCCGAAAAAUUUUCUGGUAAUUCAAUUAAUGAAACAUUAACAUCGGCCAACAACGAUAAUCUAAAUUCUUCGAGUGAUCUAAAUCUUCAACCACUAAAACGUCGUUCGAGUAGACGUUGCUCAGACGAAGAUUAUCAACCUCCUGAAACACUUUUACGUGAAAUUACAACACAACUACGAACGACGAUUCCUCCUUUAUCACCAUCCAUUACUGAAGGUAAUUCCUUACGAAACGAUUCUGAUUAUGAUUAUAGAAAUAGUGCCUUAGAUAAUAAAAUGGAUGAUGAAAAGAAUAAUUAUGCACUAAGUUCAAAAUCGAAACCACGACGAUUUGCAGUUAAAAGUACUCAAUCAAAAAGUAAUAAUUCUCAAAUAAUACAAGAAAAACAAGUGAAUAAUAAUGAUAUUGCAUGGAAACAUUCACCAAUAAAACAAAAUUCUAAAUUAUCUCUACAACAACAGUAUGACGAUGAUACUGUGGAAGACGAUAGUAACGACCCAAUAGCAGAUGUUGAUGUCGAUGACUAUGAUUACCAUCCAAAUGUAAGUUAUUCAAAGAAAGGAGUAACUACGGGACGAAGAACUGCAAUCAGAGGCGGAUUUAGAGGUGAAAAAUACCCAAAACAACAACGAAAAUGGAAUGAUGAGUACGAUGCAUUUGACGACGAUGAAGGCGAGGAAUCAUACGAAAAAGACUAUAGUAAUAGCCAUAAUCAAUCUUAUGAUGAAAUGUACACAUUUGAAUCAGCUAAUAAUCGUCGUGGUAGUAAUACACAAUAUGACGGAGCUAGUGGUACUCGUCGUUCGUCUCAAAGUAGUUCAAAUGAACGUCGUAUUGCUAUUAAUAACGGUCGCCAACCAAUUUAUAAACCUUACAAAUCUUCGACCUAUCGGCCCACGCCUGCAACACUCGGUUUAUCAACCAGUAGACGUAAUACAAACUUUUCUACACAUCGUCCAAUCGGAAAACAUCGAUCCAUCGUGAAUACAAGUGGAUUUAAUUCGUCAGGAUUAAAACAGCAACGUCGUUGGACAUCAAAUGAUGAUGACUAUUAUUUAUCCUCAACAUCUGGUCAGCUUCAACCAGGUCUAGUUCCACGUACACCAUCGACAUCGUCGACAGCUUCGUCGACCACUCAACAUCAAAAUCGAGCAAAUGCUGGAAAUACUUAUGUAGCUAAAAUCAAUGAUAUACAAUUAAGUGAAGUAGCGAAUAGUUCUCAAAUAUUUUUUGUUAAUGUUCCUACACCAGGACAACUAAAUGGAUCUACAGGAACUGAUCAAUCGCAACAACAAGUAUUAUCGGUGUUAACUGGUAUGAACUCAACAACAUCACCGCAAACAACCGAUUUACAGGGAGCAAAUGUCAUGCCAUUAACAGUUGUUCAACAAGCAAAACCAAAAACAAAUGAUCAACAAACAUUGGCAUUUACUUUAAAAAUCCCAGUUGAAACUCGUUCAACAAGACCAAUAUUACCUAAACCAUCUGCCAACUACCAACCGACAACAUCAAAACCAUCAUCAUGGUCUCGUCCGUCGAUGCCAAUACCAGAAAGAAACAAUGAAUACGAUUCAACGAACAAAAAUCAGCGAGGAUUAACGGUAGCACCCAUUAUGGACAAUAGACUGGAAUCAAAUCGAAUGGAUAUGGAUACAAUGGAAGCUGCCCAUGUAUUGGCGUCAGCUGCCGAUAUGACAUUGGCAGCUGCCAGCGCUAAAAGAAAUCAGCAAGACGAUGAAAUGAAUAUGGAUGCACCAAUUGCUGGUGAGGAAACGGUACAAACGCAAGAAUCAAAUACUGAUGAACAGAAAACGAGUGAAAAAGAAACUUCAGACAAUCCACAGCCAACAACGAUUACAGCCAGAGUUAUUGAUGACAAUGGAGUUGAACAUACUGUGGUCCUAUCAACGGAAGAAGCUUCGCAAAUUUUGACAGAUGGUGUUAUACUUGUCGAUAGUAAUUCAACUGUGACAGGCAAUACAAUAGCCGUUGAACCACAAACAUAUCAGUUAGAUUUAUCUCAGUUUUCACUCGAUGCCAAUCAACUGCAAGCAGCUUUAGCUCAAGCUGGUAUUGAUACUAGUCAACCAUUGACUAUUGAACAGAUAAUAACCGAUAAUCAAAUAGCAGGUCAAACUCAACAGACAGCAACGUUAUGUACAUCUCCUGGUGGUACAAAAUUUAUUUUAACUCAACCGCAAACAAAUACAUCACAAACACAACAAUAUAUUUUGCAAACAAAUACAGCUCCAGUUAUUCUGCAGCAAUCUAGUGGUCCGCAGUAUACAACUAGUGUUCCAAUGAUAAAUGCUGUUACUACAAAUAAUGAACAACAAAGAAAACGUGAAUCAACUGAGCACCAGACAGACCUAGGGACAACUUCCAAACGUCGUUUUGCUGUGAAAAGUACAAAUAGUACAAUGAAUGUCGAGAAAACAAAUGAUAAUACCAAUAGCAACAAUGAAGAUCAGGGAAAUGUUACUGGUCGAGAAAGAAAAGCAGCAUAUGCCACAAAGUCAACCGUAACACCAAUAGGAGAAGACGAUGAAGGUAUUGUUGGUAUACGAGCAUAUCGGCGAAAAAAUUUUAAUGGUAAAAAGGUACCUGGUAAUACGGAUACUUUCGACGAUGAGCAAUUAUCUCAAAAACUGUCACCUCGAACUGCAGGUGGUAGUUUAUCAUCUGCGACAGAUACUGAUGAACAUCGACGUAAUCCUCGACAAUUAAUCACACGUUCUUCACCGUCUGAUAAUAACGAUCAAGGUACGGCACGACGAGCAGCAAAUGGGCGUGGUGAAGUUGUUUGGGUAGUUGUUUCAAAAAUGCCCGCAUGGCCUGCUCAAAUUGUUGCUCGAUCAACUGGUUGUUUGAUGAUUAAAUAUUUUAACGAUGAUAGUGAACCAGAUUUAGUUUCGAGUGAUUGUUUGAAACCAUUUUUAAAAUAUUAUGAUGAUUAUGCCAAUAUUGGUCCAUGCACACUUCGCCGUCGCCAAGGUUUUCAACAAGCUUUGGAUGAUGCCUACAACGAAUGGUUAAAUACUCGUGUAACAACACAGCCAUCAUCCGCGACUGUUGUUCAUGAAUUUAAAACACACGAUGGUCGAACUUAUCGAGAAAACGAUAUUGUAUGGGCAUGGCAUAUUGAGCAAAUGAUAUGGUGGCCAGCUAAAAUUCUUAAUUUAUAUCGUCAAGGUGAAAUUGAAGUGGAAUAUUUAGUGUCAAAUGACAAAGAAAUAUUAAAAGAUGAUAGUAUUGAACUAUUCAAUGAAUUCUAUCAUAAAUAUCAUAAAUCAGACGUUGAAAAAACGGAUUCAACAUAUCGUGAAGCUAUUAAACAAGCACAAAAUGCAUUAGAAGAUUCAACGCGUUCGGCAACAAGAGUAGCGCCAGCCACAAUAGCAACAAAUAAUUAG